CAGUGGGUGCUGCUGCUGUGGGGUUUCUGGUCAUCCCGGCUCCACAAUGAGACAUUAGAAAGGGUGGAUUAACAGACGGGAAACUCAAUUCAAAAAUCACAUCAAGAACUGAAAGAUUCGCUCCGUUCAUCAGGACCUGACGAUAAUCAGCAUUGAAUGUGGAAGGAAUAAGUUUCACAGAGGAUUAGAAGGGGAGGAUUUGCAGUCGGGAAACUGAAACCAAACAUCACAUCAGGAUCUGACGGAGUCACCUGAUUAAACAUGGAAGGAAAAAGCACCGUUCACAGUGGGGAGAAACCAUACACGUGUUGUGUGUGUGGACAAGGCUUCAGCCAAUCAUCUGACCUGUUGGGAGAAAAUCCAUGGAAAUGUGGGGACUGUGGGAAGGGAUUCAAUCACCCAUCCCAGCUGGAAAUUCAUCAGCACACAAACACUGGAGAGAGGCCAUUCACAUGUUCAGUGUGUGGAAAGGGAUUUUCUGAUUCAUCCAACCGACUGAGACACCAGCGAGUUCAUACAGGGGAGAGGCCGUUCACCUGCUCCGAGUGUGGGAAGGGAUUCACUCAGUCAUUCCACCUGCGGAGACACCAGCAAGUUCACACUGGGGAGAAACUGUUUACCUGCUCUGUGUGUAAAAUGGGAUUUGCUGAUUCAUCCUCCCUAAUGAAACAUAAACGAGUUCACACUGGGGAAAGACCGUUUACCUGCACUGUGUGUAAAAAGAAAUUUUCUGAUUCAUCCAGCCGACUGAGACACCAGCGAGUUCACACUGGGGAGAGACCAUUUAUCUGUUCUGAUUGUGGGAAGGGAUUCACUCAGUCAUUCCAUCUACAUAGACACCAGCGAGUUCAUUCUGGGGAGAGACCAUUUACCUGUUCUGAUUGUGGGAAGGGAUUCACUGAUUCAUGGACCCUGCUGAGACAUCAGCGAGUUCAUACUGGGGAGAGACCAUUUACCUGUUCUGAUUGUGGGAAAGGAUUCACUGAUUCAUCCAUCCUGUUGAGACACCAGAGAGUUCACACUAGGGAGAGACCAUUUACCUGCUCCACAUGUGAAAAGGGAUUUGCUGAUCCAUCCACCCUACUGGAACACCAGCAAGUUCACACAGGGGAGAGACCGUUCACCUGCUCCGAGUGUGGGAAGGGAUUCACUCAGUCAUUCCACCUGCGGAGACACCAGCAAGUUCACACUGGGGAGAGGCCAUUUACCUGCUCAGAGUGUGGGAAGGGAUUCACUCAAUCAUCCAAUCUGCUGAGACACCAGCGAGCUCACAAGUAACUGCUCUGGUUGGAUUUAGUUCCAAAUGAUAUUCUUGUCUGAAGCAUAUUGAUUGGAGUGUGUUUCUGCUGAUGUUAAUAAUUUCCAGCCCAGUUUCAGAUUCUGUAUAAAAUUGGAAUAG